AUGGCUGCCACUUGCAAAGUGAUGAUCACAACAAGAAACAAAUAUGCCUGUGAAAGAAUGAGGUGCCGAGAGAUAGUUGAGUUGAAGACAUUAUCAUAUGAAGAAUCUUGGAGUCUAUUCAAGAGUAGAGCAGGGGAUGCAGUGGAGUCCCCCACAAUAAGGAAAUUGGCACAGAAAGUGGCCAGAGAGUGCGCUGGUCUGCCUCUGGCACUGGUGGUUCUUGGCACAGCACUUAAGGAUAAGAGCUCUGGGACUUGGGAGGCAGUGUUGAUGCGGCUAAAAAGGUCGAAGGAGGUGGAUCUUACAGGUGUGAGUAAACAAGUUAUUCAAUCCAUCAAACUAAGUUUCAAUUUCUUAGAGAGUGAGGCAGGCAAGUCUUGCUUCUUGCACUGUUGUCUCUACCCUGAAGAUGAAAAUAUUCCUAAAGAAAAACUGAUGCAUAUGAUGGUAGGAGGGGGCCUCUUGGAUGAUGUUGAAACUCUAAACGAAGCACAGAGCAGAGUGGAUCUACUGCUUGACCAUCUAAAAGCUUGUGGUUUGCUUCUUCAAGGUGCGACUGAAGGCUAUGUAAAAAUGCAUGAUAUUGUUAGGGAUGUGGCGAUACAUAUCAGUGCUGCGACAGAUCAUGCGUUCUACGUAAGAGCUGGGGAAGGUUUGACAGGGUGGCCGAGAACUACUGAAAGUGAGAUGCGAAAUUGCCGACGGCUUUCACUGGUGCUCAAUCGUAUUGUAGAUCUUCCUCCUAAUCCAAUAAAGUAUCCAAAACUUGAGUUGUUGAUCCUGAGCUGCAACAAAAGAUUAUCAAACAUCCCAGAAAUGUUCUUCCUACACAUGGGAUCUCUCACUACACUAGAAAAGGGUUUUAGAGGCGGUUUUCAAACACUAUAG